CUCCUGUGGUAGGAGUGCGCGCAACAGGUGCAAGAAGGACACCAGACCCCCGUCACUUCAUACCUUUUUUUUUGGAAACCUUCGUCCCGACGUGACCUACAAACACACGGAAAUGGACGUCAUGAGCAGCUCUUGCGAAGACGCGAGGACGGCGGUGGAGUCGGAAGUGGCGCGUGGAGAGCGCUUUCCGCUCGCUUUGGCGCUGAUGGAAGACGGCGACGCACGCGCCUGGCUCGCUCCUGCACACGCGGAAUACCUGCCGCACAGCUCGGGCUCGUCGAGCGCGGAGGGCGUGUCCGGUUCGCACUUAAACAAGGGCACAAGGGUGGGGGGCGCCGUGCGUGUGCGCGAGCUGUGCCGCCUCAAGGGAGCGGCGCGUGCGGAUGAGGGUAGGCAGCGCGCCCCGACCAGUAAGGCCGCCAAUGUGGUGCAGAAGCAGAGGCGCAUAGCGGCGAACGCACGAGAGCGCCGGCGCAUGCACGGUCUGAACCACGCCUUCGACGAGCUGCGCAGCGUUAUCCCCUCCUUCGACAACGAGAAGAAGCUGUCCAAGUACGAGACACUCCAGAUGGCACAGAUCUACAUCAACGCGCUGUCCGACCUGCUGCGCGCACCGGGCGCAGAAGAUGACGCACAUAACGGUGAUGUGCUGCCGCCCGUCUACGGAGGUGAGAGAUCACCAAACUCAUUUCCUGUCCAGCUCGCCGGUGUGCCUUUCCCGUAUGAGGAAGACGCAUUUGUGUCGCUGGGAGCGAGCAAAUCUACUUCUGAGUGCAGUAAAGACUCCCCGCGGUCGAGUCGGAGCGAUGGAGAGUUCUCACCACACUCGCACUUCAGCGACUCGGACGAGACACACGCGGAGCUGCACAGCGAGGACGAGCUGUGUGAACUGAAGCUGAGCCGCCACCGAGCCUUUUAGAGACGCUCAAGGAGACCGAGAUGUCCAUCAUUUCUUCGUGUCAAUCGUAUUCGCCCUAAUAUUUUGCGACAGGUUAUCGUUUGAAUUGGUUGUCUUGACUUCGAUUUCAUGACCAUUUGAAAUGUACGCUGUUGUUAUUGUUGAUGUUGUUAUUGUUGUUGUUUUCAGUAACUUUUACGCCAAUAAAAUCUGUUUGCCUUGUCGUGACAUUGGCGAGAUUCCCCACGCCACGUCAACUGCCGCGCGCAGCAGUGCCAUGGGCCCGGAUGUCAUGCAAAAACUGUCUUCCGAAAAAAAAAAGUCACCCAGUUUAUGCAUAUACAAUAAUUUCACUGAAUACGAUUGUUUUUUGUUUUGUUUUUUAACUCGAAGAAUUUGCAACUUCUAAACUUCACUUGCACUUUAAAUGCGGGCCAUAGGCUUGAGAAACACGCUUUGUAAUAGGACGAUUUAUUUUCUGUUGUUAUGUAGCCUAGGAAUGCCAAUUUGUCAAGGAUAUUUAAUAUAGCCAUUAGAUGUUUUGUACAUUUGUUAAAAGUUUGAAUAUUCCAUUUCGACACGAGGUUAUUAUUUGUAUUCAACUUCUGCUUGGAGACGGUGUCUAUUAAAG